GGUGGUGCUUUAACUUUUACUGUAUGGACUCUUGCUCAGUAGCAUGGGAGAAGAAGAAGGACUACAUCAAACACAAUUACUGGACACAAUGUUUGUGCGAGGAUUAAAGAGAAAAUGUUUUGAUGGUGAAGAAGAUAUUGAAGGAACUCUGGCUGGUAUUAAAGCUAUUCCUUCCUAUAAUCUUCAGCGGCAGUCACUUUUAGACAUGUCCUUGGUUAAACUUCAGCUGUGUCAUAUGCUGGUUGAACCUAACCUUUGUCGUUCGGUACUUAUAGCCAACACGGUACGGCAGAUCCAAGAGGAAAUGACUCAAGAUGGGACUUGGCAGAUGAUAAAUACACAGAGUACAGGGCAGGCAUCCCUGGAUCGUCUUGUUUCAACAGAUAUCCUCUGUCGUUCAUCUAGGGAACAAGCUGAGGGAAAGCCUGUUCCAGGCUAUAGUACUUUCAAUAAAGACUUUGAGGGUAACCAGGCACAAGAUAGUUCAGAAACUAUGUCAACAGCCUCUUCAGUGCAAGCUCCAAGAAACCUGCAGAGCAAUGUGUGGGAAAUGGAGAAUCCACAGGAAAAUAAAGGAAAUUUUCAAAAAUCACUAGAUCAAAUAUUUGAGACACUGGAGAAUAAAAGUCCUAAUUCUGUUGAAGAUCUGUUUUCAGAAGUUGACAAUUCCUACUAUGAUCUUGAUACUAUGUUAACAGGCAUGAUGAGCAACACAAAAAUGGGACACUGUGAUGGGCUUGAAACGUUUUCUUCUCCAACAACUACAGCUUCUAACUCUAAUUGUAAAUCUGAUCUUAAUGAGCUCGAUCAUAUUGUAGAAAUCCUUGUUGAAUCCUGAAACUCCUCAUGUAGGAGAUAAAGAUCUGUUAAUAGGAAGAAAAGACUCGAGAAAGCUAUUUCCACAGUUUGUUCUAUCAAAUCUGCACGUGUAUUUUACAAAUAUCUAUAUAUUAUAUAGAUAUAUAUAUUAAAAAGCACUUCAUAUUGCAAAAGAGUGUUAACUCUUAAAGUUAACCUGCAACUUGUAGUGUAAUAAUCCAAUUUAUUGUCCAUUGAACUGUAAGUACAUACGGUAAAUGUUUCUAAGUUUGGGGUCCAAGGCUCUUGAAAUUGGGUUCCUUUUACCAAAUUUGUUCUAGCCUUGGAUGGAGGAUAUACUCAUUGAGAGGGAUUAUCUAAUCUUUCUUAUACUUCUCCCAGUAAAAAUGGUAAUAAACAUAGAGAGAGGUUGGAUAACUGGUUUCCUAUUUUCCUCCGAUUUCCACUUUGUUACACCACAAAACUCCUACCACUUCUGCUGCUUCUGUUCUAAGUCGCUACAUGGCUCUUAAAGAGCAGUAUGCAAUAGUUCCUGUUAUCCUAGCUAGCUUAUUCUGGGUUUUGCUACAAUUUUUACUUCAAAAAUAGUUUAAAAGUGUUUAUUGGUGUUUAGAUUUUUCCAGGUAUUUUCCUAAAAUAUAUUUUUACUACAGAUGUUAUGUCAGCUGCUAACUUAGUAACUUUUGAUUAUAUCUGCAGUUGAUGUAUUUUUUGAAAGAUUUUCAAAAAGGGAUGGUUUUUUACUGUGAGCUACCCAAUGUAGUUCAGCAAAGUGUAUGUAAAUGUAAAUAUACAAUUUUAUACUUUACAUUAAAAUGUAAGAGCUGUUUUCAUGAUUCUGUUUUAUAGAGUAGUACUUUACUAAGUUGAGAAUUGUACAAUUACACUUUCAUGCCCCGUAUAGCGUCAUUAGAGGAAGAGCUUUGAUCCAGCUAGAUACAAUUACAUUUAAUUCAUUUGAGACCAUAUUUUUUUUUAACUACAUUAUGUAGGUUUUUAUUUAUAUGUAUUUAUAUGUAAAUGUCAUCAAGUGAAUUGUUUAUCACUGAAGUCUACCAUCAAAUAUUUGUUUAUAUGGGAUAACUAUCUUGCACUAAUUACUACAAAAAGUGUUACUAGCGGCCUUUAAAUCUCUACUGGUAUGUCACGAUGUCAUAAUUAAUAUGCUCCACUCUUACCAAGGGUUUCCUCUUGGCUUUUUUAAUAACAAAAGAUAAUGCAA